GCAAUUUAAUGCAGAACUACGAAUUUGUUUGAAGCACAGCCACUCGAACAGCGGUACCCGAGUGCAGCAUUCUCGUUUGCGUUUUCUAGUGUUUUCGUGUGUGGUGUGCACUAUUGCCACUGGCCGUCCGGUCUAACUACAGCCAAACAGCAACAACAUGGAUGUUCCAGUAGAUGCUAUGGAAAUGGCGCUGCCACCGAUAGAGUCGUUCAAGAACUGCGAAUAUCAUGUGCGUGUUUCGGGCACGACGGAGCUCGAUCGCCGUGUUAUGUCAUUUGUGGAUAACCUGUGGGGAUUCGAGGUAACCGGCGGCGUGGAUCAGUUCGAGCCGUUGACAGUGAUUUCGGUGAAACGCGAAGGUUUAGCCCGACGGGCCGGGAUUCGAGUGAACGAUAUCAUCACCAAGAUCAAUGAAACGUACGCCGACAAGAUGACCCUAGCGCAGGCACAGGAGCUGAUUGCUGAGUCUGGGCGAACGGUGAAAAUAUUCGUCAGCGGGGAUGUAGAGGAGGACAGCGAAGACGAGAUGACGGUCGACUUUUGGUUCAAACCUUUGCUGACCGUUUCGUCGAGGGACGGUACCGUCGGCACGGGGCCCGAGAAUGGCGACAACCCGCUGGGAUUCCGCAUCACCGGAGGCGCUGACUUCGAAAUGCCGAUCACGGUGUUCCAGGUGUCUGAGGGCAGCCCGGCACAGAAAGCCGGCCUCCAGCUCGGUGACCAGGUCCUGAAGAUCAACGGGGCCGAUGCGUCGGCCAUGCGCCUCGCCACGGCCCAAUCCGUCAUCAAGCAGGCCGGCGAACAGCUGCAGAUGAUCGUCGCAAAAGACAACGAAGAAAAUCGCAAAGCCGAAGAACAGGGAAAGCCGAAGGAAACGACGGAGGUUAAGUUCAUAGGUAACGAGGAGCAGCCAGAAGCCGAUGUCACUAACAAACCUGCCCCAAAACCCAAAACCGACGAUCGUGAGAACUGGACCCAACCGCCGGAGCGUAAAGUGUGGCAUCCAAUCGUUUGGCAGCAACCACCGCCGCCGAUCCCGCCGGACCUGUACGGAAAGGAUGCUCCUCACCAGCAGCUGAUCGCCAACAUUCGCCGGCUGCUCACAGAAACGCGCUCCAAACCGCAGGAACAGCUAAGACACAUCGAACGCAUGAUGCUCUCGCUGCCGACGGGCUCGCGGCGAGAGGAGGAUGAAGAGGAAGAACCUAAGCCGGUUCCAAAGCCAAAGAAGAAGAAGAAGGCAAAGACGGCCCGCAAAGGGGCCACUGCACCUCGACCGCGCCUGGAUAGCGAAGGGUCGGAGGAUGGCUCCGUAUCGGAAGCGUCGUCUGCAAUUCCGGCGGAAGUGACUGCUGACGCCUGAGUGCAGCGCACUCGGAGCCCAGAAGCUCAGGAAGCGGCCAACCCAAUGUUGUAGGCUAAACAUUGUGACUUUUGUUUAAAUCAUGUGACCCGCUUUACAUAGCGGCCACUGAUGAUUUUAGACGUAAAUAACCGACCAAAUCAGUUUUUAUUUUGACAGGAUCGCAUGCGCAAUGCGACAGCUGACGUAGUUAGUGUAUUGAAUGAAACGAAAAUGAAUUGUUAAAUCCUGUUGUUUCUUUGCUCAAUGUACUUAACCUCGAAAUGUUCCAUCGUUGAAUAAAAUCGUUUCUUUUUUAUAUUUGGAA